AUCUACACUGUAUGAACUUGUUCCUGUGUUGUACUGUUGUGGUCAUGAUCGUCGAUUACAAAUCAGCGUAAUUUCGGCUGGCAGAGGUGACCGUACACAGAGGCAGAGAAACGCACAGCACUAAUAAAUAUCACUUUACAUGGAAGAUCUGGAAUCAGGUUUCGUCCUGCUGCACGCGGAUUAGAGUUUCAUAUGGUGAGCAGGACACCAGUUCUCACAGAGCAUGGAUAAAAGGUGGUUUAUAGGACACAAGGGGAUUCCCUCUUCAAAAUCUGAACCGCAGAUAUCCACAUUCUGCAGCAAUGUCUCAAGGUCCACCAUAACUAUCAAGCUGACUGAAAUGCUUCAGGCUGAUAAACCAAGUGCAGUAAAAAAGCCAAUUCCCAUCCGUCCCCCAAGCCCCAGAGUCCCUAUGCCAAGGGAUCAAUGUUUCCGCCGCAGCCUCUCUUUUGAACCCACUCCUAAACCCAUCAUCCAAAAACGGUCACGCUCUCUGCCGUCAACACCAGAGAGGAAGAAACAAUGCAGAAAUGUGGGUGUGCGGUUUGUUGACUCUUUGGGGCUUGACCUGGAAGACAUCAGACUUUUCCGAUCUGGAGACGAUCCAUUGGUACCACAACAUGUUACCCUUAGAUUGUUGAUGGGGGCAGAGAUGGCAGAUGGGAGGCACCUGGAGAUCUCCUUGCCAUAUAUGAAGCCACUUUUUCCUGAGCAACCUGGUGACCAGCCAGGUUUCCUGCAUCGUCUCUGCAAGCAGAAGGUUUGUCUGGAGGAGGUCUUGUGUUUUGAAUUAGGUGUCAUCGGAAUCACCCAGGUCAUCAACCUGGAGUUUGAGAAAGAUGUCACAAUUCGCUAUUCAUUUACGGAGUGGAAGAGCUGCACUGAAACUAAGGCCUCAUGGGUGUCCACGACCACCAAGACCUGGGAAGGAGGAGGGGGCCCACUCAGUUGUGAUAUAUUUCGUUUCCACCUGCCUGUUCCUCCAUUCUUGCAGCCAGGAGCAGUGUUGGAGUUUGCCAUUCGUUACAAAGUCUGUGGGAAUGAAUACUGGGACAACAACAAUGGCGAGAAUUAUAAGUUAGUUUGCCAUAACUACAAGCUCACUGUGCCUAAAGAAUGUGAGGAUAGCAUGGUGCACUUCAUUUAAGAUGCUAAAAAUCUAUUAGAAGCACUUUAUGACUUCAGUUAUCAAGAGAAGUUAAAAUGUGUAACUGCUUUGCCACAAAAUGUCCAUUGUGUUAGUCUAAUGCUAACACGGGAUUACUUUGAAUCAAUUUUGAUUUAAGUGUAAUUGUUUUUAGCAGAGUGAAAAUUCAUUUAUGCACUUGAUGCCAACUUUAAUGCCACUGAGUGUUAUAGAAAGAUUCAGUCAGACUGAAUUGAAUGCACUUCCAACUGAGUAUUUCAGAAUCAGAAACACUUUAUUAAUCCCUGGGGGAAAAUUGCUGAAAGUGAAAGUUAUUCCCACACUUGGCAUAAUAUUAAAUUCUCCUGGGCAUAAAGCCAGUAAUCCUCACCAUAUGGGAGUAUGAUGAGAAAAUGUAUUGUACAACACUAGGAUUUGGUUAACUGAAUCAUUUUUGCUUGUACUCAGAGACAAUUAUUUAAUUAAAAAUCAAAAAAAAGAAUUAAGCACUAGUACACAUAUUUAACUCAUUACCUCUGACAAGAACGUUAUGUUUUUGGCCACAUUUGUCUUUCUUUCAGUCUGUGAGCAGGAUAACUCAAAGAGUAUAGACCUUUAAUUACACAUUCUGGGGACACUUAGACAUUUCUGUGCCAUAUUGAGUUUCUGAGUUGCGCACCCUGUUAAAAAUUACACACUGGAUUAAAAUAUGCAUAGAAAAAUA